UGUAUUCAUAAACUAGCGAGGUACUAAUUGUCACCAGGUGAAACCCCUAUGGCUUCUAUAGUACCUGAUGUUUGAUGGCUGCCCUCUCUCUGACCCAGAAUUACUGAGUCGAUCACAUGACGCGGAUGCUUUUUUUUUUUUCCAAGCUUGCCAGAGCCUGGUGUAUUCGGCUCCAACGUUUUAUAACAUACCAAGCGUCAUCCCUUGCCAUGUACAGAUUGACCAAGAUCCUCACGGCAACAACUGCAGUACGUCAGCUCAGGACACCUGUUGCCUGCCGCAAUGUCCUUCGCCUUGCCCCGAACCGUGUGAAUUCCAUCCGAAAUAUUUCCUCCACUCGACCCAUCUACAAUAAAGCAUUGGCUCAGGAACAACUUGAUCUUGGAACCGAGUAUCUGAAUAAAGGAUCCAUUGAUCUGGCUAUGGACAGCUACCAUAAAAGCGUGCAGAUUGCUCCAAGCGGCGCCGGCUUCUUCAAUAUAGGGAUUUGUUAUUUUCAAAUGGGUAAACAUAAAGACGCCAUUCAAGCUUUCGAGAAAUCACUGGAACUGCAGCCUCACAAUGCGGAUGCCCACACCAACAUCGCCAAUAGCUACCUUAUGCUUAAAGACAUCAAAAGUGCAGUAAAGCAUCUUGAACAAGCUACCAAUUUCAAUCCAAUGGAUGGUGAAAUCCAAUACAACCUUGGGUGUGUGUAUGAAGCACUGGGUGAAGUAGACAAAGCCAAACGACGUUUACAAAUGGCCAGUGAUGCAGGCAUUGAUAUGGCCACCAAAAAGCUUCAACAGAUAGAAUCCAAACACAGAUGAAUAAUAAUAAAAAAAAUGGACGCUUUCCGCCAUGACGAUAGAAUUAUUAACAAGGGCCGUUUCAGCAUGGGUUUGUUGGAAGUAUUAGUGAGCCAAAGGACUACUGAGAUUUUGCCAGAACGGCUAAACUUGCGCAAUCCCGUCGGGCCGGCUGAUGGUUGGAGGAAAAUGG